CCAAAUAAUAAUCGGACGCAUAAGUCAAUCACAGUCUCACACAUAAAACCUAGUCCUUCAGCAAUCAUCAAUGGCUUCACUCACCAUUUCCAGACUCCCCUAAUUUCUUUUCUUCUUCUACACCUCAAUCAAAUUAUCCAAAGCAUGUCCUCCGCCACCUCCCCCGCCGCGCCGCUCCUCCGCCCUCGCCAGCCGUCGAACGCGUCGGCCCGCCCCUCGGCGCUCUCCCUCAUCCUCUCCCGGGCGGCGGUCACCACGCAGCGCCGCGGUGCCUCCGUGCUGGUGCGGGAGACCGCCGCCCGCGAGCUGGAGGAGCGCCGUGCCGAUUGGGGGUACUCGAAGCCGGUGGUCGCCCUCGACAUUAUGUGGAAUAUGGCCUUCGUGGUUGUGUCUGUGGUUCUGUUGAUUUGCGCGGCCAACGAGAAUCCCAAUGUGCCGAUUAGGGUUUGGGUGUGCGGGUACGCGCUGCAGUGUUUGGUGCAUGUGGUCCUCGUUUGGGUGGAGUACAGUAGGCGCAAUUCGUGGCGUGAGAGGAGUAGGGGAAGGGAGCAGGGUAGUGAGGAUGAGUAUCAGAGUGAGAAUGAGGAAGAAGAUGAAGAGAGAAAUGGGUUCUUAGGCAUCAGUAACGCCUCCAGUAGCGUGAAGCGAUGUGAAUCUGUCAACACAAUGACAUCAUUUUUAUGGUGGAUAGUUGGCUUUUACUGGGUUGUCUCUGGUGGUGAAAUGCUUCUAGAAAAUGCCCCACGACUAUAUUGGUUGGCAGUGGUGUUCUUGGCUUUUGACGUAAUCUUUGCCAUAUUUUGUGUUGUGUUAGCAUGUCUUAUUGGGAUUGCUCUCUGCUGCUGCUUACCUUGCAUCAUUGCCAUUCUUUAUGCUAUUGCUGGUCAGGAAGGUGCAUCAGAGGCAGAUCUGAGCAUCCUUCCCAAGUACAAAUAUCAAGCCUGCAAAGAUGAGGAUAGGGUAGGCAAUGCAGCUGGCAGAAUGGUUCCAAUUGAAACGAGCAGUGGGCACAUGGUUAACGAGCAAAUUCUUUUGCCUGAAGAUGCAGAAUGCUGUAUAUGCCUCUCACAGUACGAGGAUGGAACUGAAUUACAUGCUCUCCCUUGUAGCCAUCAUUUCCAUUCUACAUGCAUCGUGAAAUGGCUUAAGAUGAACGCCACCUGCCCGCUAUGCAAGUACAACAUCCUCAAAGGGAACGAUCAAGUUUGAAACAAAGUGGCCAAUACGGAAACCAAACCUUAGGCCGAUUCUGGUAUUUGAUUCAGCUUGUCUUUUGCUUUGAUGCUGUGAAUGUGCUCUCCUCUAUAGUUGCGACAAUAAGGAGCAGCUUUCUGUAAAUUAAUCUGUGCCUGAGGCCCUUGGCUAAAUUUUUCUAGUCAAUCACAUACAAAAAAGUCUCCGCCCCUGUAAAUCCAUGUGAUACAUUGUUUGUCUUAGUUGAUGUGUAAAGAGAUUUUAUGUAUAAACGUGUAUAGAAAUGCUAUCUGUUGUAGUGCUCACUAGAAA